AGUACAUGCUUCAUCUGAUUAGAACUCUAAAAAUUUAGUGUACACUUGUAGAUAUACAGUAUUCUCGAUCACUUCACAACCGAAAACUCAAUUCAUUUUUAUUUUACAUUGAAUUUCUUCACAUUUUAUUCCAUGUCCUGAAUCCACCAAUAAAUGGAACUUGAAAUCAAGUUUCAGUAUGCCUCUUCCGGUUCCUGGGUCGGACGCGUCGCGUCUACCAUCUGCUGGAAUCCUUAUGCCUUCCCCUAAUACCCGCCCAAAUCUUAGCCAUGAUAAUGCCGCCGCCUUCGACAGUUCCCCGGGCCAAAAGCGCAAACGAAAUGCCGAAAUAGAAGCUAUGGAAGAGCUUCUUAAGCCUUCAAUUGUCAUUAAGCCACAUCCUCGAAAUCUUUCGGUCAAGCCACGUAGUCUCCAACCUCUAAUGGUUCUCCCUCGGGAACAACUUCGACUUUCAUUCCUCGACCUCUCUUUCCCACACGGAAGUUUCGAAUCCUCCCAAUUUUUCGAAUCGAGCAUUAAGAUAUUAGACCUCGAGGGCCGUAUAGGAAACCGCCCCGUCGUUCUUAUUGUUCGAUUAGAGACCGACAAGACUAUCUACGCUGUGGAACGCCAGACUGGUGGACUUUAUACUCUUUGCCAACUUGGGUCAUGGGUGGACUUGAAAGAACUUCAAGAGCUCGCGACAGUAUCUUUGCCUGAACUACUUGAAAAGCGAACUCAUACUUCGAAAGAAUCAAGCGCAUCCCUUCCGUUAACGACGACUCACUUAAACCACGAGACCAAAAAGAGGAGAUUGGCGAUUGAAGCCAUACAAUCUAUGGUGAAGAAGCCAAGGUCCGGCUCUGUAUCGACAGCGUCCCAGAUCAUCUCACCCGCGGGACUACCCACGCCGAUCCAGGAAAAUGUUGACGAUACCCAAUUCCCUCAAGAUGCGCCGCCUGCCAAGAUACCCGAGACCCAAUCUAAAAGUCAAGCAGCGACAGUUGCCGAGCCAGAUGAUUUGCUCGCAGCACCAACCGCGGAGAGUAUCUUCGAUAAUAUCCGGAAUCAAUAUCUUGAAUCGCUGUACCAUUCGAUGGGCUCCCUAGCAUAUUUCGCGAAAGGUCCUUUAUCCCGGGCGCGUGCUGCCUUCCACAUGGACUGCGACUCAAAUCUAGAUAUGAGCGAUUUGAUAGAAUUUUUAAAGAGCCUUGUCAUGACGACCGCCCAGAUAGGAAGAAAAUAUCGGGAAACGAUUCCGGAAAUAAUAUCCAAGAUGAAGUCUGCAUUUCAGGAUUCGGAGGUUGAAGGCAAUGCGAAAACGAAAAAGAGAAAAGCUAGAAAAAUGAAGCUUGGCAAGAAUGGUUUAUAUCCAAUGGAAGACGAUCGCGUCCGAAAAUGGUGGGAUAUUCGUAAACCGCCGCCCGUGGAUGACGAGGUUAUGACGACAACCGAGCCGCAAGAGACCAAACUUCACAUAGCAUGGCUACGAUCGAGAGAGACCCAACUACAAGUUAUUAUUAUUCUUGAGAUUCUCGCAUUAGAAUCAUUAGUGGCCCCUCAGAACGAAAAGGAGUCACAAUUACCUGGCUUACCCAUCUCCGAGGAGGCAUCUACGGAGACACCAAAGGCAGAGGCUACUAAGAAACGUAGCAAACACAACUUGUCCUCUCUUAUCGAUGUCCACGCAGAUCGGUUAUGCAUUUGGCAAUCGACCUCAUUAGAUGAGGUUGAUUUAUCGCGCAGUACACGAGGAGGUGCGAAUACGGAGACACAGAAGUCAUCGAGGGCUACAUCAGACCCCCUGAAAGAAUUCUGUGUCGAUAUCAUUGUGCCAUUCUUUUCUGCAAGAUUACCAGAAAAAUGCGACUCCAUCAACCGUAAACUAGGUGGACCUAUCAUGAUGCCGCCGCCAAAGCCAAAACAGAAGAAGCCAGAGAAGCCGGAGUCUGCAGUGAAAUCAAAAUCCAAGUCUAGCUCGACUACGAAACGUCCCGCUUCGGUUAAAUCAUCUGGGACACUAGAAAGCGUCUUGUCUAAGGAAUCCGAGAAACAUCGUCGGAGCAUGUCGCGUGGGCCAAGUGGGGUAAUCGCGUUGAUGAGGUCUGCUUCGACUCCUAUGUUGAAGCGAGAAAAUAGUGAACCAUUAUCUAUGAUGAGCAUUCCCCAAGCAGAUUCGGCUACGUCCAAAAAGAUGCCACGUCCACCCGUAUCGGCCUCUGCUAAACGAAAAGCCGAGGAAGAGAAAGCAAGGAAGGAAGCCUUGGUUAAGGCAGAGUUGAAAGACGCUAUCUCCGUUCUCAGGCGUCCUAAUAGAGACGUUGUUGGCAAGGAUAUCGCCGAGGCAGCGGAGAGACGAACCACUACUAGUCUCUCCCAGCUGAGGAAAUCGAAGAAGCCUACGCAACACACACGUCCUCAAGACGUAAUUAAAGCAACGCCCGUUGGAAAUCGCUUCAGAGAUGUUCUGGGUAUGAGCACUGGUAGUCAGCCGAGCCGUUCCCGGGGCAUAAAUGCUGUUGAGGGAGGUCAUACACCGUCUUCUUCAUUGGUUCCCUCAUCCACUAUGAAGCGAAACCACGAUUCGGCAUUUUCGCUGGAAAAAUCACCGAGCAUUCCACGUUCGAGAGCAUCAACAAGUCAAGUUGAUGCGACACCUGCUCGGCCUUCGCACCUCAAGCACAGUUUUAUGUCAGCACCACCCGAGCCUGACGACGAAGCUAUUCUUGCGUCGUCGCCUAUCAUGUCCCGAAAGGCGUCUAUUAUGUCAUUUAGGGAUAGCGGGAUUGAGAUGCCACCUUCACCUCAUGACCAAUUAACGGAGACGCCCAUGAAACCCCGUGCUGCGCCAGCCCCGCCGCAACGACGUGUGGCGGCUACACCAACUAGACGAAGGACGCUUGAGAGCGGCACGAAGGAUAUUGCUCCUGCUGCAUUAUCUGAGAAGGCCACUGUAAACGCAAAGGAACCUGCGAGGAAGGCUUCCAUUUAUGAGAAGUUGGGUUGGGAUGAUGACUUUGACGAACUUUCCUGA